AAAACUAGGUAGAGGCCAGGUUAUGAAGGACUUUAAAUGCCAAACUGAGCUUAUAUUUGAUGCUAAAGUUCUGGGAAACUAUAUUGGUGUUCAUUGAAUUGGGGAAAGGGCAGGAUGGGUGACAUUGUCAAACUUAAAUUUUAGAAAAAUCACUUUGUCAAGGAUGGAUUAGAAUAGAGACAGACUUGAAGCAUAGUCUAAUUAAAAGACUGUAUAUUGUAGUAGAACAGGUAAUCACUUGAAUUAAGGUUGUGGCUCUGUUAGUAGGGGAAAUGUCUCGGUAGAAAUAUCAAUUUUGGCAUAUUUAAAAUUUUAAAAUAUUAAACAUGCACUCACAUAACCCCAGACUAAGCUGGUGAUGACAUAGAGCAAUGUUUGUGACCUUCUCUUGUUGCCAUUCAACCUGCUCUAUAAAUAAACCUAUGUUAACAGGAAUUUCUCAUCCUAUGAGAUGUCAGCAGAUAAUUCAGAGUAUUAUGGACUAGAGUACUGGAGAAAUGAUUGAAAGCAAGAUUAGGAAAUCGAGAGGUGGUAAUAAAAACUUUAGAAAAUAGAUUGGGACCAAGAAGAUUCAGAAUACGAAGAUGUUGUAUUUGCAGAUUGAGGCUCAGAGGAUAAUAGCCAAGAAGCUUCAGAAAGAGCAAGAACUGAAAUAUGCACAGACUAGAAUUGCAACAGAAAGGAAAGAAAGAUCUAAGAGUGCUGGACCUAGUGUGGAAAUAAGGACUAAUGGACUACCAGAAUCUAGCAACAUACUGCCAGACUCAGAAUGGGUAAAGCUUAGUCCUCAAGAGAAAUUAUCCUGGGCAAAAAAUACCCAAGACCCUCGUAUUGCCAUAGGUCAGCAAUCCCCACUAGAAAAACAAAUUGUGAGUUUAGGUGGUUUACAUACUCCAGCAGCAAGAAAUCUGUUAGCUCAAAGAUAUAAAGAGGAACAUGAAACACUUUCUAAAGAAAAGGCUAUGUCUUUUGAUUACCGACUUGCUAAAGCAGAAAAUUACUACUAUACAAGAAUAAUGGAAAUGAUGGAAGAACAGAAUGAAUUUAAGAAGCCCCCAGUAGAGCCAGUAGCAAUACCAAAAAGCCAGAAAAGCUCAGAAACUAAAGAAUGGGACUAUUUAGUACCAAAGAGAGAGUUAAAACAUAUAAAGAAUCAUAUACACAGAACAGAACAGGCCAGAUAUAGUAAAGAUAUAAAAUAUAAAUCAUUGCCCCAAAGUCCAAACAAAACACAUUUUCCCCUAAUUCUAUUAUCUGAAAAUAAAAAGAAUGAUAUCAAGAAGACCCCAUCCAUGAGAAAGCAUAUAAAUGAGUGGGAUCAGAAGCGGCAAACAAAAGAACAUCUAGAACGAAUGAUUAGAGGUAGAGAAUUUAAUGAGGAAAGGAUCAAGGAAAGACUUUCUGUAAGAAUUCCAAGUCAUCCUCCUCCAUUUCAAAAGCAUAUGAAGAAGCAGCACCGUAAAACAUUUGAAUGGAGCACUGCUUAUCCACUUCUCCAGCCUCAAGAUGAAAGUCUAAUUGAAGUGGAUAUCCUUAGGGAAGAACCGUUAGAGAAAAAGGAUGUGAGAAAAAUUAGACAAUUUCGUAGAAGAUUUUUAACUGUUCCUUCACUUUUGAGGAGUCACUUAGAAAAACUAAAGCGUUAUUAAAAUUUUAUUAUUUUUGUGACACAGGUUAUCUCUUUCAUAGAUGAAUCUGACAUAACGGGAUCUCUGGGGGCCCCAGAAACUGUACCCUUUUCAGGGAGUUCCCAGACCCUGGGAAAAGCCUAUAAACUCCCAGUUAAGUGGUUUCAUUCAGUUGGAGAUCUCUGUCUGAUAGUCCUCUACUGAUUAGCCCAGACAGUUCCCAGACCCAGGCCAAGACUUAUCCCAUAUAGUCACGAUUUUGUUAAUUCUCUUAAGAGUUUUGGCU